GACCAGAGGGAUGUUCUUCAAUUGUACGAAAUGACACUAAUCAAACGCCUCUGUGACAAAUAAAAUUUAUGAUGUGAACGAAAAAAAGCAUGAUUGUGAUUGUGAAUCAAUAUUGGCAACAUAUUGGACAUGCAAAACGAACAUUUCUCCUACUACUUUGACGAGAAUAACGAUAUAAAACGAAUCAUGAACGAUAUUGACAUAAUGCUUUACAGCGUUAUUAGUUUUUUGGUGAUGAAUGUUCAGUUUUUCAUCCGCCAGCUUAAAUUUGCAAAUAUAAAGAUUACUAGGUGGAUAAAAGAGCUAGUUACCUCCUAUACUGAAUAUGAGGCAGAACGAUUGCAGGUUUGCUAUUUCUGCAGUGUUGACUUGGGAGAUGAGAAAACUAGGGAUAAGGAUAAACUAGAGUUCUCAAGAUGGAAAGAACGACAGUUAGCAGAACAAGAACGAAUCAGGCACCUUGAGUCGACCCCUGAACCCCCCUCCAGGCCUCCAAAGAACCCGAACUUGUUUCAGAAAGAUCUCAAUCCGCAAUUUAUUCAAAAACAAACGAAACCAGAUCUUUUCACUCCUAAACCUUUUACCAGCAACGGCUUACAGCAAAGAUUAAAGCCUGUUGUUCCACCUAAACCUGUUUUUAAACCAAUAACCGAGAACUACCUCAACUGUAUGCGAGCUUCAGAACAAUCAUCCAAACCAAACAUUAACCAUCGUCUUUCUUCAAAAUUAUCAAUUCAAAAUGGCGGAUUUUAUAAAUCUCCCGCCAAAAGUUCAAAUAUUGAAUUCCAACCUGAGGUCAAUGUUUCAACAAGCUGUAACAUAAAUACAGAUUAUGUAACAGAUCGUGCUCGGCUAGUCAGAGUUGACAGUCAGCUAUCCGACCGUUCUGUCAGUAGUGAUAGUCACAGUUAUGGACUUACCCAUCCAAAAGAAUCCAACCAAGAAGAAACUAAACUUAUCUUAUCAAGCACCAAGCAUGAGCGACGUGAAAGCAAUAUUGAUAAUGAAAAAUCAUUUUCUACACAGAAGUCUUUAAACGACAGUGAUUUGAAAGAAGAGUUGAAAAGAGCUCAGAAAGAGAAAUGUCAGCUAAUAAUCAGAAUCAAUGCAAAAUUAAACAUUCUCAGAGAAGAGAAGGAGUUUAUAGAGUCGGAAAUCCACGAAAAUGAAGAUCUUGCAGAACAGGUUUGUGGUCAGCUGGAGGGGUUAGCAACAAUACGAGAGGUUGACAGAAUAAGACGACACAUGGACGAGGUAGGAAAGGUGACCAGCCUAGUCCUAGCUCUUAGCUCCAGGCUAGCCCGGCUAGAAGCAGAGGAUCCCAAUAUACAGGACCAGGAUGAGAUUUUAUGGAAGAAGAAUAAACUGAGACAGCAACUUGAAGAGGCUAAAAAUCUUCAAGAAUUAUCAAAUUCAAGACGACAUAAUCUUACAUCCAUCAUUUCAGGAUAUUUGGAUACAAUGUGGACUCAGAACUUUCACCGUUAUUUAGAUGAAAAAUCAAGGCUGAUUUUGGAAAUGAAGGAAAUCCAGGAUAAAAUUAAGCUAGGAGAACAGCAAAUACUGAACUUAGAGCAGCUUUAACUGGAGAACAGCAAAUACUGAACUUGGAGCUGAUUUAGCUGGAAAACAGCAAAUACUGAACUUAGAGCAUCUUUAACUGGAAAACAGCAAAUACUGAACUUCGAGCUGCUUUAGCUGGAAAACAGCAAAUACUGAGCUUUGAGCUGCUUUAGCUGGAAAACAGCAGAUAUUGAACUUAUAGCAGCUCUGGUUGGAAAACAGCAAAUACUAAACUUAGAGCAGCUUUAGCUGGAGACCAGCAAAUACUGAACUUAGAGUUGCAGCAUUAGUUGGAGAACAGCAAAUACUGAACUUAGAGCAGCUUUAGCUGGAGAACAGCAAAUACUGAACUUAGAGCAGCUUUAGCUGGAAAACAGCAAAUACCGAAUUUAGAGCAGCUUCAACUGAAACUUAUUCUGGCAAAUAUUCCUCUUACUCAUUUUAUAACAGCUCCUCUUUCCAGGGUUUUAUUAAAAUUUCUACUGUGAUAUGUUUAUGGCAAUAUGUAAUAAUAUUGUUAGCUGCAAAUAACUAUUUAUGCGUUUAAACAUAAAUAAAAAGUUUUUCAAUGCA